AAAAAUUAAUUACGAUGUCAUGGAUGUAGAUUGGAACGAUGAUGACGACUUGGUGGCUGCCCUGGAGAACCAUGAACUGCUGGAGAGCAACGAUCAAUCUGGAUCGAAGACCGACGAACCUGCAGUCCAUGCAGAGGAUGAGUGCCACGGCUUCGACAUGGCCACCGGCCACAAUUGGAUCUAUCCGAACAAUCUUCCCCUGCGAUCGUAUCAGCAAAACAUCGUCCAGUCGGCACUCUAUAAAAACACUUUGGUGGUUCUGCCGACGGGUCUGGGGAAGACGUUCAUCGCAGCCGUGGUUAUGUACAACUUCUAUCGAUGGUAUCCUCAGGGAAAGAUCAUCUUCAUGGCCCCAACGCGGCCACUCGUCGCGCAGCAGAUUGCCGCCUGUCAGAAGAUCAUGCCCUUCCCGGGUUCCGACACCGUGCAGCUGACGGGACAACUGGCGCGUCCGAAGCGUGCUCAACUGUGGGCCAGCAAGCGUGUUUUCUUCGCCACACCACAGGUGGUUCACUCCGAUAUGCUGGAGACGGACGACGGAGCUUAUUUUCCAUUUGGCGCCAUCAAACUCCUGGUGGUGGAUGAGGCGCAUCGGGCCAAGGGCCGCUACGCCUUCACCCAAGUGGCCGAUUGCAUGAUGGCCCACAAUCCGAACUUCCGCAUGCUAGCCUUGUCCGCUACGCCAGGACGAACGAUGGAGGACGUGGCCACUGUCUGCCAGAACCUGUACAUUGCCAACCUUCAAGUUCGCUGGGACAACUCAAUUGAUGUCCAACCCUACAUACACAGGCGCAUUAUACGAACGAUUGUGGUGCCCCUCAAGGAUAGGAUAAAGGAGACGCGCGAGCGUUUGCUUCAGAUUAUCGAACCGUAUCUGCGACAGCUCAUUGCUGCGGACGUUCUGAAGGGGACCAAGGGCAACAUCAGCAAGAACAAUUUGCUCUACGAUCAGAAAACGUUCAACGAACGCUCGGCCAAGGGGCAGCGACAUCCAGAGCACAACAUCAUUGCUGGAAACUUUUCCGUGUGCAUUAGUCUAUAUCACUCCCUGGAGCUGAUGGAGCGGCACGGACUGCGUGUGUUCGUGAAUAACUUCGAUGCGGAUGAGGAGGGACGUGAAAAGUUUGUCCUGGCCCGAGACGGAGACCUAAGAAAUUUGGUGGAUCAGGUGCGUCUGAAUUUGGGUGCUAAUCCCCUAGAUUUCACCACGCAUACUAUGACGAACGGUGAAGUGCCUGCGAUGCCUGCUGAUCUGGACUUUGGCCAUGCCAAGUAUGAAAAACUGCGCCUGGUGCUGCUCGAGCACUUUGCGUCGAAUGCCGAGUCCCGUGCCAUUGUAUUCUGCGAGUACCGUGAGUCUGUGAUGCUGAUUCAUCGACUACUCCUCCAGCACAGACCGCUGCUGCGUGCCCGGUGCUUUGUUGGACAAGGAAGCACCGCGGGAGCUAGCUAUGCCCUGACGCAGAAGCAGCAAAUCCAGAUCAUGGCUGAUUUUCGAAGCGGCACCAGCAACGUCCUCGUGGCCACCUCCAUUGGCGAGGAGGGCAUUGAUGUGGGCGAAGUGGAAAUGAUUGUAUGCUUCGACAUUUGCAGUUCGAAUCCCACGCGUUUCGUGCAACGCAUAGGCCGAACCGGAAGGAAGAAGAACGGUGAGGUUGUGAUGCUCGUCACCGAGGGACGAGAGCACCAAGUGCUCAAGGAUGUGCUGGCUAACAAGGAUCAGACAAACAAGAAACUGCUCAACUCAUCCGUGGUGCGAAUGUCGCUAUAUGCGAACAAUCCCCGAAUGGUGCCAUCUCAGUUUCAACCGAAGUGCGAAGAGAAGCACAUGGAAGCAGCUGCCAUUGAGGAUAAGCCGAAACUGAAACCCUCCGCAAAGGCAAAGGAACCGAAAAAACGAAAAGAGACGAAUGUAACCCUCCACAAGUUCUACAAGCAAAGUAGCCAUCCUUCGGAGAGUCAGGGAAUACUGCAGGGACUCCAACCUUAUCAGAUGAGUGAAGCUUCCCAGCAGAUGAUCCAGGACCAAGCGACUCGGAACAGUGUAAACGUUAAGAACUUCCUCCUGGACACCCAGGCAACCAAGUUGAGCAACAGUCAGGAGGAGAUUCAACGCCUGCGAAAGCUAACACGUAUAUUGCAAUCGAACAAGCCGAUUAUCACGGCCUCCCAAGACCUAAUCAGCCAUCUGCAAGACAAGGAACUGCCCCGGCAGCUUAAGCUCCAUCUGCUGCGCAGUAAUCCCAUUUUCGUACAGGAAACCCAUUCAAAGAUGGUACUUCAAAACCAGAUGAACAUUCCCGAGGAACGUUUGAAUAGCAGGCAGCAACGAACCAGAAAUAACUACAAGCUGCUUUUGGAAAUAUGCGAUGGGCCCGAGAAACUAGAGGAACUUUUAGAGUCGGAGCCAUCUCUGGCAGAGAUUACCCUCAAAGAUCUGGAGAGUCCACUGGAUGAGGAGACAGAAAAAGCAUUUAGAGCCACCUGUGAUAGGAUCUUCGAAGGUCUAGAUGAGCAAGGCCUGAAUUCAGACAAUUUCGAGCUGAAGCAGCAGCUCCUGGAUAAGCUGGAGUUGCGAAAUCUGGAGGCGACAGUUCACGAGCAACUUGGUGGCGAGGAAGUCACCUGGUCGGAUGAUGAAUGGGAGCAAAAGGUUGAAACAGAAUGCAAUUCCAUGUAUCAAAGCCAAUGGCUGGACUUUGCCGCCACAGAAGCGGUGCCGCAUAGAUCAACGCCACUUAGAGUAAAGCCGGAGAGCCGACUAAAGUCCGAAGUACUCCAGGAGGAAGACGAGUGCGAUUCACGGGUGGAGGCAAGCGAUCUGGGGGAUAACUUGGAUCGAUUAAAUUGCUUGAUGAGUGAAACGGCCCCAGGUCUGAAGACUGAAAAAACAGAAGCGGAAGCAUUUGCAGAACCCACUCAAAGUCCACUGCCAGAUCUGGAAUCGGAGGCAAACGUAAGACCAGACCCACAUGUGAUCCCAUUAUUAAACGUGACGCCCGCUAUAAAAGCAGUUGCUACUGUGGAUGCAACUCCAGAUGACUUGGGAAUCGAUUUGAAUGAUUUCCUGGAACCAAUGGCUGAGGAGGUGGUGCUGAUGAGCCAGCAGAAGCGGGACACGCUCUUGCCAAGUGAUGCUAUGAAAGAGAACAUACCUGAUUUGUUCCAAUCCUGCUCUACUCCACGUAAUAUUUCACCAGACAUCUUUAAUUGCGACUCUGUGUCACCAUGCAAACCACAGGCCAAAAGUCUAGCCGCCAAAUUAGCGGCCAAAACCACCUCAACUGCACAAAUUGUUCCCACUCCCCCCUCAAAAGCUCUGCAUCUUCCGGAUAACCUCCAGUCGCCAGAACAUCGAAAGCGGACUACUCCGUGUGUCCCAGAUAAGUCACCCAGCAUUUUCGAUCUGUACCUGAAUCGUAUGCGUGGGUGCGGGCGUAUGGCCAAAGCGGCGGAGUCCUUGCAUCGGCUGACUUCAAUGAAUGCGUCUACAUCAAAAACUCGUACAGUGGUCAUUGAAGAGGAUUCGCCUAUCAUACGGAGACCAUCGAAGCGGAAGAUCAUUAUCAGUUCCGAUGAAGAAGAACAACAGAAAUCAAUCCAGCCGGUGCCGGUCACCCAGGUUGAUUGCGAUUCCGAUGAGGGCGAACAAAUUCCUGCCACUCAAAUGCCGGAAACACCAACUCCCCCGACCAGGCCACGCCAGAAACGCCGUAGAUUUAACUCCUUCAUUGUCGAUGAAGCAGAGAAAAGCGGAUCUGAUCACGAAGAGGAGGCAGAGCACACCAUUGGCGCGUAUCUAAAGGAUUCUGUGAUAGUUUCUAGCGAUGAUGAGGACCACAAUGACACCACUGAUCAUGCCAUGUACCUGCAGGGUAUCAGGAGUCCCGUUCAACGUCCUGGUGCCUUUAAGAUUCCCGCUCGCCGUGUAUAUCACGAUGAGUCGCUCAUCUUCUCACAGGCUGUCGAGGCAGAAGCUUCCCAGUAUAUGCCCUCUUCCUUUGUUGUUGCCGACGAGAGUUUUGCACACGAGAAGCAUGAUGUUUCCGAGUGCCCGCUGGAGCGGGCCGAACGUAUUCUAAAAGAACGACGUAGACAGCGUCGACUUGGAGUGGAACUGCCAGCAGCUCCUUCCAACAAGCGUCGUCGUGUGCACACAAUAGCCAGUUCCAGCGAUGAUGAUGACGAUGUAAUCUUUUUAAAUUAAAGAUCAGUCCAGUCCAAUCAGAUCACAACACGAUAUUCGGGCCAUACAUGUGUUCACGUUCAAAGUAAUUGUAAGUUUAGCAAAUAGUUGUAAAUCAAAGACAAGAUUAGGGUUAAGACUUUCCAGAAAAUUUGAUCGUUUUUACUUUGUAUAUGUGUUUCAAAUUGUUUCAAAUUAUUAUGUAAAUUAUAUUAUCGUCUUUCAAUCGUGUCA